UUCCGGCAGAGAAGAACACUAGCAAAUUUCUGCAAGGGUGGUCCAUAUUUAUCCAGCAAUCUGCGGUUUCACCUUCCAGGUCAGCGGCAGCAUCCAUUGAAGAUAAGUCCAUUAAAGUUUAUUGUUAUUAUGCAUGUUUGUUUUUUAUGCUAUCCAUCAGUGAAAAUCAUCCAGCUGAAUUGUGUCAUUCGAUUCAUUAAGGCGAGUUUUAGUUCAUUUUCAGGUUUGUGUUCUUUCAACCUUUUUUACUUCUAGUUUUAGCUUUUGGAUGCCAUGAAUGAGAGAUACUGUUUGAUAAAUUGAUACAUGAAACCAAUUGUAGUUUCAGAAGCAGAACAUGCAAGGGUUUUGUUACAAAAGUCCCAUAUAUUUGUCAAUGAUCAGAACUAGAAAUGUAGAUCCUUUUCGAGCUUCCACCCGAUUAAACUGCAAGUUUUCUAAUUCUAGCCUAAGAAUUAGAAGCCCUACUACUACUACCAUCACAGAGACUGCUAACAAGAAAGCGAUUAAGAAAUCUGGAAAAAACGAGCAUCACUUGUGGCAACGAAGAGAUUCAGCUAGAUCUGGACAUAAGGCUCUUAAUCUGGUUCAAAUUGUUUCAGGACUGCCGAAUGAAAAGGAGGCUGUUUAUAGUGCAUUAGACAAAUGGGUUGCUUGGGAAGCAGAAUUCCCACUGAUUGCUGCUGCUAAGGCAUUGAAGAUACUCAAGGAGAGAAAUCAAUGGAAAAGAGCCAUACAAGUAGCGAAAUGGAUGCUAAGUAAAGGUCAAGGUGCCACAAUGGGAACAUACGAAACUCUACUUCUUGCGUUUGAUAUGGAUGGAAGAGUAGACGAGGCAGAAUCAUUGUGGAGUAUGAUUCUGCAUACACAUACACGAUCUAUCUCUAAACGGUUGUGUUCUCGCAUGAUCUCGUUAUACUAUCAUCAUCAAAUGCCAGAUAAGAUAAUAGAGGUAUUUGCAGACAUGGAAGAGUUGGGUGUAAAACCAGAUGAAGCUACAAUAAGAAAAAUUGCAAGUGCCUUUUCAUACCUAGGUCAAGCCGAAAACAAGAAACUCUUACUCGAUAAGUACUAUAAGAAAUGGAAAUACAUUUACCACAAAGGAGAAAGGGUUAGGGUAAGAACAGAUAGCUAUAUUGUCCAAUACUAGCAAAACAUUGUU